GCCUCGCUUAGCCCACCCGAAUUUUCGGCCAAACAAGUCCGUCCAGAUCGAACCACCGACGACCCCAUCGACCACCCUUUUCGACACCCUCACCUGUCGCUCAUACAUACAACAUGGCUGACGCUGCUCCCCGUGGACGUGGUGGAUUCGGAUCGCGCGGCGACCGUGGUGGUGACCGUGGCCGUGGCCGUCGUGGCCGUGGCCGCCGUGGUGGAAAGCAGGAGGAGAAGGAGUGGCAGCCCGUCACCAAGCUCGGUCGUCUCGUCAAGGCCGGCAAGAUCACCAGCAUGGAGCAGAUCUACCUCCACUCUCUGCCCAUCAAGGAGUACCAGAUUGUGGACUUCUUCCUCCCCAAGCUGAAGGAUGAGGUUAUGAAGAUCAAGCCCGUCCAGAAGCAGACCCGUGCCGGUCAGCGUACCCGCUUCAAGGCCAUCGUUCUCAUCGGUGACGGUGAGGGUCACAUCGGUCUCGGUAUCAAGACCUCCAAGGAAGUCGCCACUGCCAUCCGUGCCGCUAUCACCAUUGCCAAGCUCGCCGUCCUCCCCGUCCGUCGCGGUUACUGGGGUACCAACCUCGGUGAGCCUCACUCUCUGCCCGUCAAGCAGUCCGGCAAGUGUGGAUCCGUCGCUGUCCGUCUCAUUCCCGCCCCCCGCGGUACCGGCCUCGUUGCCUCCCCCGCCGUCAAGCGUCUGCUCCAGCUCGCCGGUGUCCAGGACGCCUACACCUCCUCUUCCGGCUCCACCAAGACCCUCGAGAACACCCUCAAGGCCACCUUCGUCGCUGUCGUCAACACCUACGGCUUCCUCACCCCCAACCUCUGGAAGGAGACUAAGCUCAUCCGCAGCCCUCUUGAGGAGUUCGGUGAUGUCCUGCGCCAGGGCAAGAAGUACUAGAUUAUUGGGAAUAAUGCUAGCAUGAUUUAAAGUUUCUCGAAUCUUCUUUUUCCUCCACCAUCCACCACAAACUUCUUAUUCUCUCUCGGGCUGGCAGGAUAAAAACAAAAAAGGGUGGCUUGCGGGUUGAUCCCCCCCUCGGGCUCCGGUUGUCCAAUUGGAUGUAUUUAUCACGGGAAAAAGGGUUCACAAAAAUAGCGAAACUGUAGUGAGUUUGUAACCUAUCAGCGA